CAGGCGGCGACCCAGGCGGCGACCCAGGCGGCGACUCAGGCGGCGACCCAGGCGGCGACCCUGGCCGGAGAACGAGGCUGCUAUCCCGCCAUGACCACCACCGUGGCUCGCUACCAGCUCCCGCACGGAGCCCUGUGCGUGUCGAAGGGCAACCUCGUCGCGUUUGACGGCUGCGCGAUUGUCAACGCGGCCGACACAAAGUGCCUGUACGGCAAGGGUGUCGACGGCGCGGUCAACAAAGCGGGCGGGCCGGCGCUGAUCGAGGCGCGCAAGCAGCUGCCGGUCCGCGCGGGGACGCGCGACGUCCGCUGCCCGGUCGGCGAUGCCGUUGUCACGGUCGGCGGCAAUCUCCGCUGCCGGCACGUGAUUCACGCCGUCGGGCCAAACUUCAAUCCCAAGGCGCAGUGGGUGCAGAAGGUGGCGCCGGACGGCGAGGAGAAGCUGCACUCCGCCUACCUGAGCGCGAUGCACCGCGCCAAGGAGCACGGAGUCCGGACCCUCGCCUUCUCGCUCCUCUCCGCGGGCUUCUUCCGCGGCCCAAAGCCGCUUGUGGACCUGCUUUCGAUCGCGUGCCGCGCCAUCCGGGAGGGAGCCUACCCUGGCCUGGAGGAGGUGCACCUCGUCUCGUUUGGCGGCGGGGAGGUCGGACCGCUCAAGCAGGCGGCGGGCCGCAUCGGCCUCGCCCCCGCUGGCGGCGGAGGAGCAGGCGGCGGAGCAGGCGGUGGCAGCAGCAGCAGCGAGGCGGAGGGGCUGCGGCGCUUCUUUUCGCCGUCCGGCGAUACCGGCGGCGGCGGCAGUGCUGGCGGCGGCGGCAGUGCUGGCGGCGGCGGCAGAGCCGGCGGCGGCGGCAGCGCCGCCGCCAGCGGCAGCAGCGGCGGGGGCCCCGGCGCCGCCGCCCCCCGGCCCGGCCCAGCCCCCGCGGGAUCGGCGGAAGACGCGCCCAUCGUGCUAGACGACGACGAGGAGGAGGAGGAGCCCGCUUGCCGGAAGCGGGCCAGGCACCCUCCUCCCGCGGACGCCCCUCCUCGUACCCUGCACGCGGGCGUCGAGCGGCUCACGCUGCGCGGCGGCGUGCUCGACGACGCCAUCCUCGCCCGCGUGACUGCCAUCGCGCAGCAGUGCAACUGCGUCGGCUGCGACGGUCGCGGGCUCGCCGACGCGGUCGCGCGCAAGCUGCCGUACGGAAGCAGCUACGCCGACCGCCGCAAGGCCGCCUCCAGCCGAUUCGCCUGCCCCGAGGAUCGCGCCGUGCCCGGGACGAUCGACGUGCGCCGCCCGCCGACGCC